AUGGUCGUUGCUCAGCAAGAGGAAGCAGUGCAUUCACCCAUGUCCAGUUCUCCAUCAGACACAUUCAUCAUUGAUCAGACAACGCUUGAAAAAGCAAACUAUGCUUUGAGUCUGUUGGAUCAGCUGCAAGUUUCCGCCCUGGCGUCCCUAGUGCGCUUUUGGCUCAAAAAGGGGGUCAACCUAGCUCUGGCAGAACCAUUCGUUGAGACGUGCGUCAAUGCUGCCGUCGAAUGGAGAGAGCUGUUGAAUCCUCUUGUGGGUAACAAUGAUACCACGCAAAGAGCGAGGGACUUAUUGGAGAACUCGCACAGGUCUCUCAUGUUCCAUAGAAACUCCACUCCGUCCGAAUAUCUGCAACAGAUGUCUGGAAAGAACCUUCGAUGGGAAAGCCUCGGAAUAUUCCUCACAGCUGCGAGCAGAGCUGCGUUAGAUACCUCCUCGUUUGCUCCACUCUACAACAGCGAUGAACGACGUCGUGGGUUGAUCAAAGCACUGUUUGACCUUCGCAAGAGAAUCGAUCAACAAUGGCAGGAUUUGCCUCCGCAUUAUCGCCUCACCACCAACCUCAAAGACUGCCCACUUGGGCCCUUUUCGAGAGAUUUUUUAGCAGGAGCUCGACUAGAAUACCUUCACACGCACUUUCUGCUCGGAUUCUUAUCGCAGCGCAAGGUAGCUGAACCCGAUGAGGCCCUUCUGAAGACUGCGAGCGAGAUGCUUUCGAUUGUGGUGGAAAUAAUUAUCCUGCGAGAUCGGAUGGCAAAUUCGGGAACAUGCCUUAUUUGGAAGGUUGCUCAAUACGGACUGCCCGCUGCAGGCUUCAUCUGCCUUGCGCUCCUGAGUUCGACAAGCCCCGACUCGCAUCAAUUCUCACGAUCAAAGAUGAUUCAAGACCUCAGCGUCCUCGUUGCGGAAAUUACAAUCGGCGCAUGGAUCCAGCCCGGAGAGCCAAACUACGCUCUCUUCGCGCAGGCGACGAGGACGAUACAGAGCCUACUCGACUCGCUGACUGCGGCAAAGGAGCAAACUUCAAAGACUAGUGAUUCCCAGCAGUUGAUAAAUUCCGAUGGAGCGGACAAUAACUGGGAUCCGUAUAUUAAUUCACAAUCUUGGGAGCUUGAAAUGGACUUUUGGGCGAGCCUGGCGGAACACCCUACGUUGAUUAAUUGA